AGGAACGCGGGCAGCCAGCAGGCCCAGAAGAAGACGGCCCGCGAGGCCCGCGAGGCCCAGCCGGAGAUCCCCGCGCUCGACACGCCGCGGUCGAACGGGAUGUCUCACACCGGCAAGGUGCGCCUGGCCAUCAUGGCGGUCGUCGUGGGCGUGCCCACCAUCGCCUUCGCCGUCGUAGUCUUGGGCAUGCUGCUCGUGUCCAAGCCCAAGAGGGCGUCUCUCACGGCGGCGCAACGCGCGGAGGAGGCCCUCGCGGAGGAGGCGGCCAGGGCGCACCUGGCGGAGCCGCCGCCCGCCGACGAGGAGCACGCCCCCUGUGCGGAGCUGCUCGCGCCGCCGGCGCGUCCAGCGCGCAAUCCAGGCUUCAUACAGCGCUGGAUUUUUGGCUUCGACCUGAACCGUCAGUUUGCGUCUGGAGCGGACGCCUCGUUCCGCGCAGGCAUGGUCGUGGCGCUCUGCGCGGUGUGCUGGUGGAUCCCCCCGUUGCAGUGGCUGACGGAACAGGGAUGGAGCCUGCAGUACGCGAUCACCGUCUUCGCCUUCACCUUCACGAUGGACGUGGGUCAUACCAUGAUGUCUGCGUGGUAUACGAUCAUAGGGACUAUCGUUGCGGUCGUGAACUGCCUCUUCAUGUUUGCGGUUUUCAAUGAGGGCGUGGUGGACACAGACGACUCCUACGCCACGUGGUUUGCGUUCCUGAAUUUCAUGAUCAUGACGAUCUUCUACGCCGUGCUGAACCUGCCCAUGCUGUUGCGCAUGUUCGCCAUGUAUUUGCAGGCGUACUUCACCAUGUCUUUCCUGAACCCCGAGAGCAAGGUCCACUUCGCCUACACGCUCAGGGAUAUGACCCUGAAGGAUGGCCUACUGGGUCCGCUGCUCGGCACCAUCGUGGGGACCUUCCUGUCCGUGCUCGCCUCGCUUUGCCCGCAUCCGCUCUCGGCCUUCACCAACGCGCAGGACAUGGCUGUGGAGAUAUCCUGGAAGAUCGGCCGACAGUGGGAGAAUUCAGUGAUGUACUACGCCGGCGCCAUGGAGACCUUCGAGGUCCAUGGGCUGGUUGGUGAGGCGGUCCGGCUGUACGAGCAGACCGACAGACUGGAGGUUGUCAUCAAGACUUCGUGGUGGGAGUGUUUCGACCUGGGCUCACACGGCCGCGUCCGCGCGCGCUUGGUCCAGCUUUUCCGCAGCUUCCAGCUGCUCCAGGACUGGCUCCACGCCGUGAGCGCCGCGGCGAAGCAGGAGGCCCUCGGCGGCGCCGCGCGGAGCAGCCUCCCGGCAGAGCUGGUGCGGGAGCUGCAGGCG